AUGGUGUCAAUGACGCUGAUCAGUUUUAAGAAAUUGAGUUUAGGGGUGAUUCCAUCUGCAUCACCGUCUCCGUUCUUCACGCCUCGGCCCGAACGAUACCGGAUGGAUUAUUCUAGAGUCAGUGAUGUUAAGUCGUCUAUGGGUUAUCAUCGCCAAGAUAAAGAUCGUGAGGUUAAUGUGCAGGUUAUUCUAAGAUGCAGGCCAUUGAGCAACGAUGAGCAAAGCAACCCAUCAAGAGUGGUAACAUGUAAUGAACUUAAAAGAGAAGUCACUAUUUCACACAGUGUAGCUAAUAAGCAAAUGGAUAGACUUUUCACAUUUGAUAAGGUUUUUGGACCCAAAGCACAACAAAGAAUCAUUUAUGACCAAGCUAUCGCGCCCAUUGUUAGAGAAGUCCUUGAUGGUUACAAUUGCACAAUAUUUGCUUAUGGUCAAACCGGGACUGGCAAAACUUAUACCAUGGAAGGAUCAAUGAAAUCUAAGGGCACUGAAGUGUGUGCUGAGGCUGGUGUCAUCCCACGAGCAGUUCGACAUCUAUUUGACAUACUAGAAGCUCAGAAUGCUGACUACAGUAUGAAGGUGUCAUUUUUAGAACUGUAUAAUGAAGAAUUAACAGAUUUAUUAACUCAUGAAGAUAACUCAAGGUUCUCAGAAGAUAAGCAAAAGAAAUCUGUCUCCUUGAUGGAAGACGGAAGGGGUUGUGUUAUCAUUAGAGGCCUUGAAGAAGAAGUCGUGUACAGUGCUAACGACAUUUAUAACCUUAUGGAACGAGGAGCUGCUAAAAGGCGAACAGCAGACACAUUACUGAACAAGCGUAGCAGUCGCUCUCAUUCUGUCUUCACCAUAACGGUACAUGUAAAGGACAUAAGUAUUGGAGAGGAGGAGCUCAUAAAAUGUGGGAAGCUAAACCUUGUUGAUCUUGCAGGAUCUGAGAAUAUCUCUCGUUCUGGUGUAAGAGAGGGGCGUGCAAGGGAAGCUGGGGAGAUUAACAAGAGCUUACUCACCCGAAGAGUUAUUAAUGCGCUAGUGGAACAUUCAGCUCAUAUACCUUACAGGGACAGUAAGCUGACAAGGUUAUUGAGAGACUCACUCGGAGGGAAAACAAAGACGUGCAUCAUAGCAACAAUCUCACCAUCUAGCAGCUGUUUAGAAGAAACACUUAGUACUCUUGAUUAUGCUUAUCGUGCUAAAAAUAUUAAAAACAAACCUGAGGCAAACAAAAAGCUGUGCAAGACAGUUUUGCUCAAAGAUUUAUACAUGGAACUUGAGAGGAUGAAACAAGAUAUUCGGGUUGCUAGAGAUAAAAAUGGUGUUUAUGUACCGCUGGAAAGAUUUGUCCAAGAUGAAGCAGAAAAGAAGGGAAGGAUUGAGAAGAUAGAGCAGUUGAAGAUGGAGCUCGAACAAAGUAGAAAGGAAGUUCAAAAAUACCAUGACUUGUAUGUUUCUGAGCAAGAAGAGAAAUUGGAUUUAGAUGUUGAGCUCCGAGAUUGCAAGAAAAAUCUAGAGAGUACCUGUAAGGUCUUGCACGAACUUCAAGAGAAACAGAAGUUGUCCAUCACCCAGUUACAGGAAAAAGACUCUAUGAUAUCCAAACUUAUGUACUCAGAAAAUUCUCUAAUUCAACGUGCAAAGGAGCUGUGUUGCACUUUGGGAAAUGCAUCUGAAGACAUAUCGAUAUUGCACAAAAAAAUAGAUGACAAAAACAAAUUGGAAAAUCAAAAUCAUAAGCUAGUUGUUACAUUUGGUUCUCAGCUUGAUAAGAACUUAAAAAUCCUGCACCAAACGAUAUCAGGAUCGAUUUCAAUGCAGCAGGAUCAACUGCGAUGCAUGGAAGAGAACUUGUGCUCAAUUCUUGCCAGCAAAGAUGAUGUGAGAAUUCUAUUCGG